AGUGAAAACCUGUCUAGGACUUUUCAGUCACCUUCUUCAAUCAAAGAAAGAGGACCCCUUUUUCUUUCUUUUCUUUUUUUUUUUUCAUUUUUUUUUUUGGCCUUUUUUCCUUUUUCUUAUUUUGCCCUGUUCAUGGAUCCCAAGGGCUCAACGGCAAAGCAGCCACAACAAGUCCCAAACUUCUUAAGCGUCCCUCAGCCACCACCACCACAACAACAACAACCAAACAUGGGUGAGAACAAGCCUGCUGAAAUCAAAGACUUCCAGAUUGUGAUUGCUGACAAAGAAGAGGGCAAGAAGCAGUUGGCCCCCAAGAGAAGCUCAAACAAAGACAGGCACACCAAAGUUGAAGGCAGGGGAAGGCGGAUAAGGAUGCCGGCUCUAUGUGCAGCUCGGAUUUUUCAAUUGACCAGAGAAUUGGGCCACAAAUCUGAUGGGGAAACCAUACAGUGGCUAUUACAGCAGGCUGAGCCGUCGAUAAUUGCAGCCACCGGGACGGGAACUAUACCGGCUUCAGCUUUGGCAGCGGCAGGGGGCUCUGUUUCGCAGCAGGGGACCUCUCUAUCGGCUGGAUUGCACCAAAAGAUUGAUGAUUUAGGGGGGUCCAGUAUUGGGUCAGGCAGUAGGACCAGUUGGGCAAUGGUAGGUGGGAAUUUAGGGAGACCCCAUGUGGCCACAGGGUUAUGGCCCCCGGUCAGUGGCUUUGGGUUUCAGUCAUCAUCUGGUCCAUCGACAACUAAUUUGGGCAGUGAGAGUUCAAAUUACCUGCAAAAGAUUAGCUUCCCUGGCUUUGACUUGCCAGCCAGCAAUAUGGGUCCUAUGAGUUUCACCUCAAUAUUGGGUGGGAGUAACCAGCAGCUACCUGGGUUGGAACUUGGCUUGUCCCAAGAUGGUCAUAUUGGGGUUUUGAACCCCCAAGCCUUGAGCCAUAUUUAUCAGCAGAUGGGGCAUUCUAGAGUGCAGCAGCAACAGCAUCAUCCUCCUGCUAAGGAUGAUUCUCAAGGGUCAGGGCAGUAGGUUUGGACUUUGGGGACAUUAAAAUCUACAAAUUUGAAGAGGGGCAUCAAAGAAGUGGCACUUUCAGAGGCUGAGUUCUUUUGUAAUGGUUUUUGUAUUGUAUAAUUUGGAAAAAGAAAAAAAAAAAAAAAAAAACGAGACAAGA